GGAAGUGCCGCGUUGACUACGGCUACCUUAACACUGUUGUGGUAACGAGGUGCAGCUGCGGUAGUUGAGGAGCAGUAGACGUCUAGAAGGCGACAGGAGACUAAACCGGGCCGAAUAGUAGGCUAGUUAGUCAGGGGAUAGCAUAAAUGGCUCCGGUGCCUAAGAAGUGAAGAAUGGACUCCACGCUAUCGCUGCCAUGGCCAGAUCCACCAACAGAAGCGCCGAGGACGGGGAGUCAAGGGUAACCGCCCCCACGGAUCGGGUAGAGUCGCCCCGGGAACUGUCUCUGGAAGAGGUGCUGAAGUCGUACGAGCAGCCCAUCAACGAGGAGCAGGCAUGGGCGGUGUGCUACCAGUGCUGCAGCGGGUUGAGGGUGCCCCGCCCGCCGGCCGGGAGAGUCUUUCGGGUGAAAGACCCGUCCUCCAUACUCCUGCGCAGGGACGGAACCGUGUCAUUGCAGCAGGAGCCCCGACACAACGAUGACAGUGAUGGACCCCCUCCUCCACCUGCUGCAGAGCGCCAGCUGGUCCAGUCGCUGGGUGUGGCCAUCUACAGAGCUCUGGACUGGGGGCUGGACGACACCGAGGAGCGGGAGCUCGGCCCCCAGUUGGAGCGUCUGAUUGAGCGCAUGGCCGGGGGGGAACAGGGGGGGGAGGAAGUCUGCACCGGCAGGAACGGCGCUACAGACGAGGGCUACAGUGGCCAAGAAGAGGAGGAGGAGGAAGAGGAGAAGCAGGAGGGAGUGAUCAGGCCAGUGUGUACGUUCCGCCAGGUGGUGGCGCUGUGUGCGUCCCGGCUGGCCAACCCGAGCCUGGCUCCAGAGCACUACCAGGCUGUCUGCAGGGCUCUGUUUGUAGAGACUCUGGAGCUGCAGACCUUCCUCAGCAAGAUCAGAGAUGCUAAGGAGAUGCUGAAGAAGAUCACAAAAGAGGAAGCCCCGGAAAACAGGCCUACAUCUGAGCUGGACGCACUGAAACACACAGACUGGGCCCGUCUGUGGGUGCAGCUGAUGAAGGAGCUGCGUCAGGGAGUGAAGCUGAAGAAGGUGCAGGAGCAGCCGUUCAACCUGCUGCCCACCGAGUUCAGCCUCACCCCCUUUGAGAUGCUGAUGCAGGACAUACGAACUCGCAAGUUCCAGCUACGCAAAGUCAUGGUGGACAGUGACAUUCCCACGAGUGUAAAGAGAAAUGCCCAUGAACUGAUACUGGAUUUCAUCAGAUCAAGACCUCCACUUAAACCAGUUUCAGAGCGCAGCCUCCCCCCUCCUCCGCCACAGCAGCAGAGCCUCCAUGACCGGGUCCUGGCCGAGAUCAAGCAGGAGAGAAAGCUCCGGCCCGUGGUCCUGCCCCGCUCCAGACCGUUUGGCUCUCUGCCCUGCCUGGCUCAGACUUGUCCUUGUAAAGAGAAAUCUACUUCAUGCAUCGACCUGUCGGUGUCCGAGCCCGGGGCUCGACCGCCGUCCCGCCCUCGCGUCCUGCUCAAGGCUCCGACUCUGGCCGAGAUGGAGGAGAUGAACAUAUCCGAGGUGAGGCCAGGCAGGGGGGGCAUUUACUCAUUUGCUAUUACCUGCAUAGUAUUCAUGGACUUGUUAGACUGGGAUUUGUGUCCCCAUUUAUCUGCUUGUAAUUACUUCCCCCUGUCAAACUCUCAUUGUUUCCACUCUGUCUCUUUCACUUUUCAUCCAUCCAUCCCCCCCACCCCAGCUUCUCUCCCAGUUCACGGCUGGGUGCCGCCCUCACCGGCCCGCCUGUCUCUGAGUUCAGUGGACGAGACCACAGAGGGAUCAGAGGCGGCGUCGGCCUCCAGAGCUGGAGACGAGCACCAGUGGAUGGAGGAGUUCAGCCACCCUGUGGAGAGUCUCGCACUAACAGUGGAUGAGGUCAUCAACGUGCGCAGAGUGCUAGUCAAAGCAGAGAUGGAGAAGUUUCUUCAGAAUAAAGAGCUCUACAGUAACUUGAAGAGAGGCAAGGUUUGCUGCUGCUGCAAAGUAAAAUUCCCUCUCUUCUCAUGGCCAUCUACCUGCUUACUGUGUAAAAGAUCGGUCUGCGGCUCCUGCAGUGCAAAGAUGAAGAUUCCCUCGAAGAAGAUGGCCCAUAUUCCUGUGUACACUGUAGGCUUCCACAGCGCCCCGAAGAGCCAUGGACACAAAAGCCAAGUGUAUAAGUCCCUGCGCUGCUUGUCCCGCCGCUCGGUGGAGGAGGAAUUCCCCCACCUGUAUGCCCACGGCUGCACGCUGCGGGACAUCUGCGCCGAAUGCACCAAAUUCGUCGCCGACGUCAUUUCCUCCAGCCGCCGGAGUCUGGACAUCCUCAACAACACUCCCAAGAGGGAGGCCAAAGCUGCCGCCGCCCCCGCCCCCCAGAGACCACAGCUGCAACGCCAAUCACACCUCGACACUUACACUGAGCCACAUUCUCACCAACCUCACCCUCAGUAUCACCCUCCACCUCACCCACCGUCCCAGUGUUGCCCCCAGCUCCUUCCCCAGACCCAUCAGCAGCAGCGGCUUCACGCGCCCUCGCCACCUAAUUCGCUGCAAUCCCACACCAAGACAAUCAACAAUGCAAACCAAUGAGUAGAAUGAAUGACUUUUUAUCCGUUUCUGCCCACACACACACACACACACACACACACACACUCAUAAUGAGUUGUGCUCCUGCACUACAUACACUGUGUACACACAUAGGGAAAGUAGACUUCUUUAAGGCUUCACGUGGUGUAUGCACAUUAGUAAUUGCCAUGAAAUUGGUUCAAAUAAAUAUUAAUACAUAAUCCAGGGAAGGUCCUUUUAAAGUCUUUUAAAUAUUGUUGGUGCUGGGUUGGAGCUUAAAUUGCGUUAUUUAAUUGUUAUGUUGAUGUAUAAACCUAAAGGUUUGUUCCCCACGGAGCUGUAUGCAAACCUUUUUAAUAAGAAUCUAGCAACUCUAACCACAAUCCCCUCAUCCAAUUCCUAACUACAUUAUCUUCCAUCUCUCACCAUCUCACCCAGCAGAUGUGCUCACAUGCACAGAACAGCGCACCCCCCCCCCCCCCCCCCCCCCCCCGCAAAAAGCACUACUUUAUAGGUUUGAGUAAGAAGCAGUUCUGUCUGUAUCGGCCUUAUCUGCAGCACCAUGACUCUGCUCCCUGACGCUCACAGCUGCUGGGAGGGGAAAGCAUACGGGAGGCAAGGGAAAGGGGUGAAGUACCGGUGGUUAGGGGUAAACACUGUGAGAGAAGAAGGCGCAGGUGGUGUUGGGUGGGGGUAUAUUGAGGACAGGCAUGUUAGCUCUCUAUGGUUGCCUUGUUCUUGUCAUGAAUGUAACAUAGGACAGAAACGGAAAUGUAAAAUGAUAAGCUUGUACACAUUGCAUAAUGACAUUUUUUUUUUGUCAUCCAUAAAGGGACUUUUAACGGAUGGCUUGCUGCAUAACGAGGCUUCUGUUGCAUUUUAGACGUGCUUUUAAAGUCCCAGGGACAGCUUGAUGAGGUGUGCUGACAGUGACACUGUGAAUGUAUCGGUGGGGCUGAAGCUGCAGACUGAUGCAGCAGCAUGAUGAUGAUGAUGAUGAUGUUGUGAAGCUCCCGCCUCUCUCACUCCCCAUGGACGCUUGCAAGCUGCUCUGGUUUUGUAAACACAAAGUAAACCUCAACUGCAAUAAAACGGCGUGACAAACACGA